GCAUGCUGUUAGGUUUCUUCUAGCCGACUUUUAUUGUCAGCUUUCGCUGAAAAGUGUUGAAUAGAAACACAAAUGAAUGUAUGUUUUACAGUUUUUACUUUUGACUUCUUUUUGCGGGGAAAGUCUCUGAGCCGAGCGACAGACAACUUCAGCAGCACCACAUUUUUGUUCUCUGAGCGCUUCAUCCAUCCAUUCAUCCACUGCGGCGAGGAUGGGGGACGCGGCGGCGGAGUGCACCAUCAAGGUGGUGUGCCGUUUCAGGCCGCUGAACAGCGCUGAGGUGGCCCGCGGAGACCAGUACAUACCCAAGUUUAAGGGGGACGACUGUGUGCUGAUGGGCAAACCAUACUACUUUGACCGUGUGUUCCAGUCCAAGACAACUCAGGAGGAGUUUUAUAAUGCUGUGGCUCAGAAGAUAGUCAAAGAUGUUUUGGAGGGAUACAACGGGACCAUCUUUGCUUAUGGGCAGACAUCUUCAGGCAAAACACACACAAUGGAGGGGAAGCUUCAUGACCCUGAAAUGAUGGGAAUCAUUCCUCGAAUUGUGCAAGACAUCUUUAACUACAUUUAUUCCAUGGAUGAGAACCUGGAGUUCCACAUCAAAGUUUCAUAUUUUGAAAUCUAUUUGGACAAAAUUAGGGACUUGUUGGAUGUGUCAAAGACCAACCUUCCUGUACAUGAGGACAAGAACAGGGUCCCAUAUGUCAAGGGCUGUACCGAGCGUUUUGUCUGCACUCCUGACGAGGUCAUGGAAGCCAUAGACGAAGGCAAAAAUAACCGAAGCGUGGCUGUCACAAACAUGAAUGAGCACAGCUCCAGGAGUCACAGCAUCUUCCUCAUCAACAUCAAGCAGGAAAACAGUAAGACUGAACAGAAAUUAACCGGCAAGCUGUACCUCGUCGAUCUGGCUGGGAGUGAAAAAGUGGGUAAAACUGGAGCAGAGGGUACAGUGCUGGAUGAAGCCAAGAUGAUUAACAAGUCCCUGUCUGCACUGGGAAUUGUCAUCUCAGCUCUGGCAGAAGGCUCGUCCUACAUACCAUACAGAGACAGUAAGAUGACCAGAAUCCUGCAGGAUUCCCUGGGAGGGAACUGUCGGACAACUAUGGUCAUUUGCUGUUCACCUUCGGCUUACAAUGAUGCAGAGACCAGGACUACAUUGCUUUUUGGACAGAGAGCAAAGACCAUCAAGAACCAAGUGACUAUGAAUGUGGAACUGACAGCAGAGCAGUGGAAGAGCAAAUGGGAGAAAGAGAAGGAGAAGAACAAGACACUGAGAAACACAGUCACCUGGCUUGAGAAUGAGCUGAACCGCUGGAGGAGCGGAGAGAGUGUGCCAGCGGAUGAGCAGUUUGACAAAGAAAAGGCCAAAGAAGAAGUCCAGGCCCUGGAGAGCACCCACCACAAUGACAAGACGCCACCCAAACCUGCCCUGAGCUCCCUGCCAGGAGUCAAACUCACAGAUGCAGAGAAAGAGAAGUACGAGGCGGAAAUGGCCAAGCUCUACAAAGAGCUGGACGACAAGGACGAUGAGAUCAACCAGCAGUCUCAGUUGGUGGAGACGCUGAAGCAGCAGAUGUUGGAUCAGGAGGAGCUAUUAGCAUCCUCUCGCCGUGACCACCACACGUUGCAGACGGAGCUGAACCGGCUGCUGGCGGAGAAUGAAGCCUCCAAGGAGGAAGUGAAGGAAGUGCUGCAGGCCCUGGAGGAGCUGGCUGUCAACUACGACCAGAAGAGUCAGGAAGUUGAAAACAAAACCAAAGAGUUUGAGGCUCUCAGUGAGGAGCUGAACGAGAAAUCGAGCUCCUUGGCCUCCAUUGACUCAGAGCUUCAGAAAUUGAAGGAGAUGACCAACCACCAGAAAAAGAGGGUCACUGAGAUGAUGUCAUCAUUACUCAAAGACCUGGCUGAAAUAGGCAUCGCUGUGGGAAGCAAUGACAUCAAGCAACAGGAGAGCAGUGGUCUCAUUGAUGAAGAGUUCACUGUGGCCCGUCUCUACAUCAGCAAGAUGAAGUCAGAGGUGAAGACCAUGGUGAAGCGCAGCAAGCUGCUGGAGAGCACACAGACCGAGAGCACCCAGAAGCUGGACGAGACUGAGAGCGAGCUGACUGCCUGUCAGCUCCGCAUCUCCCAGCAAGAAGCCAAAAUCAAGUCCCUGACGGAGUCCCUCCAGAAUGUGGAGCAGAAGAAAAGACAGCUGGAAGAGAAUGUGGACUCUCUCAGUGAGGAAAUAGUCAGGACCAGGGCCCAGGAGAAGGUUAAUGCCAUGGAGAAAGAGAACGAGAUCCAGUCUGCAAAUGAAGUCAAGGAAGCUGUGGAGAAGCAGAUCCAGACUCACAGAGAGGCCCAUCAAAGGCAGAUCAGCAGCCUGAGAGAUGAGCUUGACGCCAAGGAGAAGCUUAUCACUGAGCUGCAGGAUCUGAACCAGCAGAUCAUGCUGGAGCAGGAGAGGCUCAGAGUGGAGCAUGAGAAGCUCAAGGCUGCUGACCAGGAAAAGAGCCGCCAGCUGGAAGAGCUCACGGUGCAGCAGGACAGGAGGGAGCAGGCCAGACAGGACCUGAAGGGACUGGAGGAAACUGUGGCACGGGAGCUGCAGACACUUCACAACCUGAGAAGGCUCUUUGUCCAAGACUUAUCCACAAGAUUAAAAAAGAAUGCUCAGAUGGACUCAGAGGACACAGAGAGCAGCGCUGCCCAGAAGCAAAAGAUCAGCUUCCUGGAGAACAACCUGGAGCAGCUAACCAGAGUUCACAAGCAGCUGGUACGGGACAACAAUGACCUACGCAGCGAAAUCCCAAAGAUGGAGAAGCGCCUGCGGGCCACCGCUGAACGGGUCAAAGCCCUGGAGACCGCCCUAAAGGAAGCCAAAGAGAAUGCAGCCCAUGACCGUAAACGCUACCAACAGGAGGUGGAGCGCAUUAAGGAUGCCGCCAAGCCUAAAAACAUGGGCAGGAGAGGGUCAGCACAGAUAGCCAAGCCUAUCAGACCUGGUCAGCUGCCAGGGGCUCCCAUAAACUUCAGUGUCAACAGGUCCAACCUCAUCCAGAACAACCACCCUACCGGCAUUAAGGGAGGAGGAGGCAAUAACAGUCCCUGAUGGUACUAAUACUCACUCAGAUACAAAACCAAAGAAGCAGACUGACGUGGACAUCCAUCAGCUGAAUCGUUGCACUAUUCUUCCAAUGUCUAAAUGUGUAUUUAUUUACUGUACAUAAGCGCAGCAUAAGCUGCAAAGCUGCUCUUUUAAGCUCUGUAAGCACUCAUAACGUGUAAUAGUGUCCUGCAAAAUCCACUUUUAUUAUGACAGGCUGGUGUGUUUCCUUUUCCCAGGCACAGAUAAUAUUUUACAUUGUGCCAACAUGCAUGUACAUACAGUAUCAGACCUUGAUGGCCACCUCAGCAUGAGAGCAGAGAUGAAAACAAGGCUGAACGAAGGCCUUGAUUCUUUCGUCUGUUUGUUGACUUAUUGAUUGGUUAAAAUGUGACAUGUGCAAUUCACAGAUGUCACAAAAACUUUUGAAGGCAAAAAACCCCCCACUUUAGUUGUACUCAUAGGAAAAAGGAAGUUUUGACAGGACUCUGUGCAGUCCACUCUUACUGUUCCCAUAGGAUUUACGAGGGCACAUAGUAGCCAGGUGCUGCUAAUCAAAUGCACUUGAUUAACAGAUCAUCAGCAAGUGUGAGCGCCUCUAUGAAACAGAUGUUUUGCCAGUUUGCUAGUCUGGAACAUUCGGAUGUGUUUUAAUAAUGUUCCACAGUUUUCCCAGGGGAAAAUCACCAGAAAUUCACCCCAAGGUCAGAUUGUGGAGUUUUUGGAAAAUCUGAAAAACAAAAAAAACCCCGCCAAGAGCUACGUCUCUUAGCAUGCUAAAUGCUAACGUUCAUGACAGGAUGAUUAGGAAAUGACUGCACAAGUAUGACUUGUUUGGAAAGGUUGCCAGGAGAAAGUCUCAUCUAUUGGAAAGGAAGAUGGCAGCAUGAUUUAGGUUUGCAAAGUUGUAUCUGAAGGAACUGCAUGACUUCUCUGGGUAGAUGAGGCCAAGUGUGAGACCAUCUGUCCAACAGCUUAAGCUUGGCUGAAAUUGGGUCAUGCAACAGGACAAUGGCUGAAAAAAAGAAAAGGUGUUGUUUUGGCUCAGUGACAGUCCAGACCUCAACCUGAUUGAAAUGUCCUUAUGCAUAAAUUCAGUUCAAAACUCAACAAACUGAAGCAAUGUAAAGUUGUGUUGGCCAAAAUUCUCACAUGAUGUAAAGUUAUACAGAAAACAAUUACUGCAAGUUAAUGCUGCUUAAGGAGGUUAUACGAGCUACUGAAUUGUGGGGUGUACUGAGUUUUUCACUGGACUGCACAGACUACUGUGAAAACUUUCUUUUUCACGACUGUGUCUUAGUUUAUGUCACUGAAGUUGCACUGCUGCAUUGCAGCACCUUUUGCUGGAGACAGCAGAGGGCAGAAAUGGCAUAAGCAUAAAGCAUGACCGUGUCUAGCAUUAUAGAACAGAGAAUGAUCUGCCUAUGUGUAAUUGUUAUUAUUGUAAAGAUACCUCAAUAAAAUCAAUCUGGAACUGCUGUCAUAUUUUGGUGUGAUAGCUUAACAAGCUAAUAACGAUGAUGCUGAAGCAGCAGUUUUUUGUCCCUUAAACAUUUAACAUUUUAUUAAAUGAAUCUGUUACUACAGUGCUGGGUUCA